CCUGGGCCACACGCAUGCCAGUGUCAAACUGGAAGAGAAGUAAAAUUCAACAAAUACUAUGUAUGGAGUUCUUUCUUAAUAAAAGAAAGUGAUUAUUGAGACUAUGGAUCGGAGCAAAUGGAAUUCAAUUGCAGGAUUUCCCCAACGUUGUGGAAAACGUCUUGAAGAGUUUGAAGGUGGUGGUGGAGGGGAUGGAAACAUGACUCAGGUGGGAAGAGUUUGGCCAUCCUCAUACAGAGCUCUUAUAAGUGCCUUUUCCAGACUGACUCGUUUGGAUGACUUCACCUGUGAAAAAAUAGGGUCUGGUUUCUUUUCUGAAGUGUUCAAGGUACGCCACCGAGCUUCUGGUCAGGUGAUGGCUCUCAAGAUGAACACAUUAAGCAGUAACCGGGCAAAUAUGCUGAAAGAAGUACAGCUCAUGAAUAGACUUUCCCACCCCAACAUUCUUAGGUAUUUGGGUGUAUGUGUACAUGAAGGACAGUUGCAUGCACUUACAGAGUAUAUCAACUCUGGGAACUUGGAACAGUUGCUAGACAGUAACUUGCAUUUGCCCUGGACUGUGAGGGUGAAACUGGCCUAUGACAUAGCAGUGGGCCUCAGCUACCUUCACUUCAAAGGCAUUUUCCAUCGGGACCUCACAUCAAAGAACUGCCUGAUAAAGAGAGAUGAGAAUGGUUAUUCUGCAGUGGUGGCUGACUUUGGCCUAGCUGAGAAGAUUCCUGAUGCCAGCAUGGGAAAUGAGAAGCUGGCUGUGGUGGGAUCACCCUUCUGGAUGGCACCCGAGGUUCUCCGAGAUGAGCCCUAUAAUGAGAAGGCAGACGUGUUCUCUUAUGGCAUCAUCCUCUGCGAAAUCAUCGCCCGCAUCCAGGCUGAUCCAGACUAUCUUCCCCGCACAGAGAAUUUCGGGCUGGACUAUGACGCUUUCCAGCACAUGGUGGGAGACUGUCCCCCAGACUUUCUGCAGCUCACCUUCAACUGCUGUAAUAUGGACCCCAAACUGCGUCCAUCCUUUGUGGAGAUUGAGAAGACCCUGGAGGAAAUUAUGAACCGCCUACAGGAAGAAGAGCUGGAGAGGGACAAGAAGCUGCAACCCACAGCAAAGGGACCCUUAGAGAAAGUGCCUUCGGGGAAGAGGCUGAGCUCACUGGAUGACAAGAUCCCCCACAAGUCACCACGUCCAAGACGUACUAUUUGGCUGUCUCGAAGCCAGUCAGACAUCUUUUCUCGUAAACCCCCACGUACAGUGAGUGUCUUGGACCCCUAUUACCGGCCACCAAGAGAUGGUGCUACCCGUACCCCCAAAGUCAACCCUUUCAGUGCUCGUCAGGACCUCAAGGGCGGCAAGAUCAAGCUCUUUGACCUACCCAGCAAGUCUGUAAUCUCCCUGGUAUUUGACCUGGAUGCACCAGGGCCUAGAACUACACCCCUAGCUGACUGGCAAGAGCCCUUGGCCCCACCUGCUCGCCGAUGGCGCUCUUUGCCUGGUUCACCAGAGUUCUUGCAUCAGGAGGCCUGUCCAUUUGUGUGCCAUGAAGAAUCAUUAUCUGAUGGGCCCCCACCACGACUCAGUAGUCUCAAGUACAGGGUAAGAGAGAUCCCGCCAUUCCGGGCAGCUGCUCCAGCCCAUGAGGCCAUGGACUGCUCUAUUCCCCAGGAAGAAAACGGUUUUGGGCUCAAGCCCCAGGAGACAAGCCCAUGUUGCAGAAGUGCCUCUGAGGAAAUGGAGGUAGAAGAAGGCAAGCCAAGAAACUUGGCUGCAGUACCCUAAUCUAUCUCGAGCAUAGGACUGCAAGUCCAGGGAGAACAGGAUGGAUAAGGGGGUUUAGUCCCUGUCUUACCUUGGGGAUGGACCUUCAGCUGAAGCCAUAGGGACCCCUUGGUGCACAUCCUCUACUCAUCCCUGGAGCCUGGCUAAACUUUUGGGUUCCUAUUUACCCAAUGGCUGCAUGAGAGGGAAGGCAGCAGUGAGAGGCCUUCCUAGUUAGAGCCAACUGGUGAUGUUAAACAAGGAGCUCGAGUUUCUACCUGACCCAAGUAUAGUUCCCCAGACAGGACCAGAGAACUCUUAGUUCUAGGUUGAGCUGGCAGGCGGUAUUACCCUGGUUCUUCUACCAUCCCAAAUCUAUGUUGCCUUUUUUGGGGGCAUAUAAGCUACCGGAUGGAACUUGGAGCUGACCAGGAAGUGAUAAAGGGCUGAAGACUGGGGUGCUUCUUGCCAGUAUGUCUAAGACACUUGAAUAAUUGCUGUUUGCACUUACUGCAUUGUCAGACCACAUCACUAUGUUUCUAUGCAGGGGGAGGGCAAGGUAGCGUGGUGGUCAUGGCUCUUAGCUAACCCAUUCAAAGAACUUUUCCAGUUGAUUAAUCUAUUUUCAUAUUUAUAAAGGAGUCUUAAUGUUCUGCCUCAUUAAGACUUUCAACCUUGUGGUUGGGAGUGGGGCUGGUUUUGUAGGCCCUAGGGCCUGCUCUAUGUUAUCAACAGGUGAUAAACACCCAAUUGGUUAAAUGGUUUAUACUUGGACUGAUUUUUUUUCCCUUCCUGCUAUAGCUGGAGCUUCGGGAACAGUCUGUCCUUACAGAGCCGCAAUAAGAAAUAACCAAAGAAUGAAGUUGGUCAAAUAUUUUCAUAACUCAUUUCUGUUGAUUUUUUUGUAAAACUCUCCCAAGACACUUUCAGAUUUAAAAAUAAAGUUGGUGUUGCAGGUG